AUGUCACUACAAUGGUCACCAGAGGCAUUUGCAGAGAUAUAUAACGCCUUGAAGUUCCAGCCGGACUUGGUGGAUUUGGCCACAAUCGAGCUUCUGCUGAUAUCAGAUGACCUAGAACACGUCCUCACUACUCCUACACCGCUGCAAGAAGCACGAGGCCAGCUAAAGAACGCCAUCAAGCUUUCAAACGGGGACGAGGUUCAGCUCAAUGACGCCUUUGUUGAAAUUAGCGUCGUUUUGGCAACCGAGCUAGAUUUGGACGAAGUCUGCACGGCUGAGUUGUUAUAUGCUGCCCAAGACGUCAGCUUCAAGAAGGGAACCUCCUUGAGCGACUCUGCAAAACUAAGCUACUUUUUGAGAGACGAGUACAUUUUGAACAUUUUGGGCUUUCUCAUUUCCCAGGGACUGCGAUCGAUUAACGUGGCAACCGUGUUUGCGAAUGUCAUUGCUAGUUUCAAAAAAAUCUACAAAUUGACCGAUAACUUGAAUGAUUUAAUCGACAAACAGAAGGUUUCAGGAGACAUCAACAACUUGGGUUUUAUUAACGGCAUCAAUUUUGCACGAGUGCAACUUUUCAAGUGCCAUGAGCUCUUGGGCCUGAUUUUAUUCAGCUUCACUCAAAACUACUUUGACACAAUCGGCACCUUGAGCAAUUACAAGCUUGUUAUCGACCUCGUGAAAAGCUUGAGCAACAAAGAUCUCUUGGUGGUUCAUUUUUUGCCUUUUGUCUUGAACUUUCAUGAAAUGGCAAUGGCAAUGGCAGGCGAGACGAACCUUGUCAAUGACUUGUACAAGUAUAUCACGGGCAACAUACCGAUGGAAAAGAGCCAAGUGUUUGACUUGUCGAGCUCAAAGGUGCACGGAUUUGAAAUUCUCACUGGAUUCACUUUCCUAACGGGAUUCAUCCGGUGGUGCAAGAAACAGGACUCUCCAAAAUACGACUUCCAGGAGAGCAUUUUAAAAUACAUGGAGCAGUUGAUUGGCUUUGGAGUAAUGGAGCUUCUUCUCUGCUACUGCGCCGAAACGACCAACCAAGAAACUCGACGAGUUUUCGAGUUGCCCGAGACUUAUGAUUUCAGAUCACUAUUGCAAAAGAAUAUCCCGCAGUUGGAGCCGACAAAAUUUGUAUACCCAGGCACACCGGAACUCAUCAACGUUGCGAGACAAAGACCGGGGCUUGAAAAUGUCAAAAAGUUAACGGACGUGUCCUCUUUUUUAAAAUUGAAUCCCGAGUUGAAUGAAGCCCUCUUGGCUCCCUUUUUUCAAAAGUUUUUCGGCAAUUUCGUUUCCAACGCAGCGUUGAUACUCACGUCAUUAAGAGACAGCGAGGAGGAUUUUUUGUUAUCUUUUCAAGACAACGAGGAAGAUGCAGAGUCCAGUGAAGAUGAGGACGAGUUUGGCGAAAAGAAAAAAUCGGGAAACUCUGCUGUUCUGGAGUUUGACCAGGUAGCCCAGCGCUCCGACUUGGGGAGAUUCUACAUUGCAUUUGCCUAUACUUUCAACAAUCGGCCCCAAUUAUGUUCAUUAUUCUGGGAUGGUGAUAAUAACGAUGGUCAAGGUAAUGGUGAUAAUGAUGAUCAAGGUGAUGGUGAUGGAGAUGAUACUGAUAACUCGACAAACGAUGUGGCUGGGUUUUUCUCUUGGGGAUUGUGCAACAAUUCGUCGCCCUUGAUAGUUGCCACAUUUAGUGUUUUAAUAGGAUCAUUGGCAUCUGCAGGUUCAUCCAUGGCAAUCAAGAUUUGGGAUGUUUUGAUAAACAACAACUCCAGCAUGAAAAAAAAUGAGUUUUCAAGAAUCUCCAUCGACUCGAUCCACGAUUCACUUGAAUACUAUGUGCAAUCACUCAAAAGGAACUUUGAGGAGGAUUUGGCUGAACAGUUGCUUGUCCUUCAAAAGAAGCACGAAUUGAUUUUCUCUUCCAGUACCUCGCACUUGGAAGUCGAGGGCCGUGGUGACGGCAAGAUCAUCAUCGAGCUAGCAGAGGACUCGGUUGUGUCGAUUGCAGGAUUUAUGCACUUGUUGUCCUCCAUAUUCAAGCAUCUUACCGAUGGAUCGGAUAGGGAGAAACAUCUCCGGGCAUUUGCCUACCAGAAAUUUAUCCCAAUAGUGACCCAAUUUUUGGAAUUUGACAACUUGAUCAAUGGCGGGAAAAUGCUCCAGGUCAACGUGAAUGCCAACUCCACCACAAGCAACCCGCGCUAUGUGGACUUGCCCGAGAUACACGCGAGCGACGACUCUCGUGCUGUCCUCCUAAAUUUGGUCUUUCGAUUGCUCGGAAACUUUGUCGAGCAAAACAACAAUCUGUUCAUGAGGUACGAGAUUUGGCGUCUUGUUGAUCGCUGGAUGUACCACGGAAUGCACAUGGUUACGCAAAACCAGAGCCAAAACGAGUUGUUGGGAAAAGUCACUGAACCGAAAAAGUACACCAGAAAGAGAUCACCGAGAAUGAUUGAGGUUUUCGCUAACAACUUGACGCAUUACAGCCAGGUUGUAAAUUUUGUUGACUUGGUGCGGAAGCUAUCGAUUCCGUUUGGAGACGGCAGUGCAUUUGCAAAAUACACCCUCGCGUACCCUUGCGAUUUGGGGUAUGGUUACAGACCAAACAAUCAAAUCGGGAUAUGGCCGUACUUUGAGUUUCUUAUGUUGGAGGUUUUUGCGCAGUCGCACGAAUUAGCAAAUGAGGAUGACAGGCGUAGUUUGCAGCACCUCGUUCUUUCCUUCUGCAACGAGUCCCUAAAGGAGAUAGAUUGGACGUUUUUGAGUGAGACUGCGCCAAAAAUAAUCAGAAACUUUGUGUCUUUUGACUCGGUGUUUGACUCGUUGAUACCUGGGGUUUCAAUAAAUUUUGACGCUUAUGUUAAACUACAUCAUUCCGUCGCUAUAAUCAGCUACUUUUUUGACAGCAGAGCCAACACGGCGUUGUUUAAAAUUGUCAAUUUGGGGGUCGAAUCGGUCAACUCGUCGCCCGAUGUCGCGGUACUAGUUUCUCAAGCGUUGGCUUUCCUUGCAUCUGUACAAUGCGUUCAAACUACGUACAUGUCAUCCUUGUUGCCAGUGUUGAAAGGUAAAAAAAAUCUGGUGAUCCAGCACCAACCUACUUCUAGAGAAAUAUCGACGACUGGCGUCAGUGCCUCCACGAGCUUAGUGCCGAGCUUGGUGUCGAGCCAGCCUCAAUCGAUUUUUGACAACAUUUACCUCGCAAAAGGAUUUUUGGGACCUCAGGGUCUGAACUCAUUCUUUGACAUUUUCCUAUUCCACAUAUCCUCGGUGGUCCACAUUGCGUUGUACGUGAGCUGCGAAGAUUCCAUCUCAACCAACGCUUUGAAAUUAUUGCAAGGUGUGGCCCAUUCUGCUCAGUUUAAAAACCCCAACAACAAAAUAUCGGGGGCCGGUUCUAUCGAUCGGUUGCUUGCCGCGUUUGAGAAUAUUGACGAGUCUGAAAAAAUUAGGUUUGCCUUUAUUGAUAAAUUCGAAGAGGUGGCUGACUUGCAGAUGAAGUAUGAAAUACUCAGUUUCCUUUCGCUGACGCUUGACGAGUCCAAAAAUAAAAUCACAGUGGUGCACUUUUUGUUGGGGUACGAAAUCAGGGGCGGAAGGUUAUUCUGGAACUCGGAAAGAGAACAGAAACAUAAUACCUUGUUGCAAGUGCUCACAAACACGUUGAAAGUCAGUUUGAGUUUGAUAUCGGAGCUUGAUUUCAGCAACGGCAACAGACACUCGAUCGACGUUGGGCCGGCAAAACUAUCCUCGAUGAUCUUGGAAACCCUCAUCAAACUAUGCACCGACCCCGUAUCUGCAAACUUGACAAUGUCGUUGAUCAGAGACCACAACAACGAUUUGGUUCAGGGGCUCAUAACGUUCCAACCCAAAUUGGAUUUGCAAACCAUUUGGUGCGGCUACGAGUUUGAUGGCAACUUAGGAUCCGAAAAAAACCUGUUUAUCAACUCUGUUGCUAGCGUCGAUGCAUUUAUUUCUUUUAUCCGCCAGCGAGAGUUUGCAUUAAAGCUCUUGUCGAUGGAAUUCUACAAUAUCAAUUCGAUUGCCAAGAAGAAGCAAUACGCCUCGUUGCUCAUUGAAAAGAACCAAUUUCCUAGCACAUUGGCCAAGAUCUUGGAUUUCUUGGAUGUGUUGAAUUAUAUUUUUUCAAAUUUCGACAUUGAAAAGUAUGACUACUUGAACAAAACUUUUGAUAUGAGCUUGGUGUUGAAAGAAGUUGAAGGGCCAGAUUAUUCCUCGUUGAACUAUUCAAUCUUGAACAAGACUUUUAGAAUCUUGUGCCAGUCUUCGAAUCUCAUUACACCAGAGGCAAAACAAUCCUAUUCUGAGGAGAUAAUGGUGGAGGCCACUAAUAUGCACGAAUUUGUCACCAAGUAUCUAGUCAUGACCAACUCGAGAGAGGUUCAAUUGUACUGCUUGCAAUCGUGGUGUCAACUAAUGAAGAUUUUGAUAACCGACCACGAGGCUCUCUCGAGCGAGUUUAUUAUCGAAACGUUCAACUCGGUUGUACCCAAAGUUUCUGCAUAUCUAGAUGCAGAUGUCAUCUUUUCCGAGGAGCUAAUCUCACUAUGUGCUUCGCUCUUUGACAUUUACUGCAAAAAGUACUUAAGCUCCAAAGAUCUCGAGGAGAAGGCCUCGUUGAUGGCGAAAUUGAUGCCCUUGUACCAGUGCUGCGUGAGCGGUAUCAUUGGCUCAAACUCGACGCCAAGCUUGAGGGCCGAGCUCUAUUCCGUUUUCAACAGGUUCUUGUUACAGGCGUUUGCUAAUCCGUUGGUGGCAGCACAGCUCGUCAAGCCGGUGAAGCAUGUGUAUCAAAGGCUCUUGCCCGUCAUCUGCAACGAUUUGUCGUACUCCGAAGGGUUAGCAAGGAUAAACGCAACGUUUGCGUUGCAUUCGUUGUUGCAGUUGGGGAACAUCACCAACACCGACAUCAUCAGCGUGGGCCAGACGAGUUUCUUGUCGCAAAUAUUGCGCUCUCUUCGACGAACAGAUGAUAUUAUCGUUUUGGCUUCGAAAAACGACUCGGACUUUAGCCUCAACGAUUUGUUUGUUGAGUUGACUGCGUUCAAAGCCAACAUUUACUUGUUGAUCAGGAUAGCGCAAACCAAAUUGGGGGCUUUGCAGUUGCUUCAAAUCGACUUGCUCGCAACAGUGAGGGAACUCGAUCUACUCAAGAUUGAUCCCGAUUUGGGGUUGAAUCUAUACGUCAAUGAGCUGCUGAACUUGAGAAACGAAACAGUCAAGAUAUUGUUGGACACGCCUUUAUCGCUUGCAGAUUUGGUAGCCCCAGAAAAGUCCAAGAGAGAGGAGAACUGCAUCUCGUACUUUGAGUUGGUGAUACCGAUUUUUGAAUUGAUAGCGACUGUCUUGUUGGCAAUGGGUCCAAGUUAUAAGCCCGGGUUAAUACAAGCACGGUCGUUGAUGCAGGGCGUUGUUAAGCAGUUGGUUAUUGGUGUUUUGAAAAGAGAUUACUUGCUCGACACGAACCAAGUCAAUCACGAGCUAUACAAGAAGGACGACUACGAGAUCAGUUUGUUGAAGAAAUUGGUUCACUUGUUUACCGUGAUUAAUUCGUUAACCGAAGGGUGA